AUGGCGGACAAGAAAUUAUCACCGUUUAACUUCGGAGGAAUUUUCAUCUUUUUGUUAUGUUUCCAAACUGUAAAUGGAGGAACUUUAGCAUCAGACUGGCAGUUCUUUUACAAUAAGAUAUUUGCUGAUUAUAAUAAACUGAGUUUCCCUAUGAACAACCAGUCCGACCAACUUAAUGUGAGUAUUUCAAUGAAACUUGACAACAUACAAGAGUUUUCUGAUAGGGAUGGAACAAUAACUUUAGUUGGUAAUUUCAUAAUUUCCUGGAAAAGUGAAAUUCUAACAUGGACCGAAAAACCAGUCGGAGUAACAGAUGUCAUCACUACAGCAAAAAUACCCCGCUCUGAUCUUUGGUAUCCACCGAUAUUCACAUACAAUGGCGUUGAUCAACUUUCCGUCGUAGGGACCAACAAUGAUCUAAUUGACGUGAGAUUUGACGGCACUCAUACCUGGAAGCCUGCUUUUAUCAUUAAGGCUGGUUGUGAUGUGAAUAUCGAACUAUUUCCGUUUGAUUCACAGACGUGUUCAUUUGAUAUGUCGCACCUUGAUUAUUCACCGGAAGAAUUAUCACUUUCCACUAAUUCUACAAGUCUCGACACGACAGACUUCGCUCAAAACAUUAUCUGGGAUAUGAAUACUACGACAGUAAGCACGAGCUCAACAAGCAAAGCUACCUAUGUGUCGUUUUCUAUUCACUUAAAGCGUCGUUCUACGUACUUUGUAAUUGUUUUAGCUGCACCUAUUUUAUUAUUAGGAAUCAUAAAUGGAUUUGCAUUCCUCAUGCCAAUAGAUCAUGGUAGAGUAGGAUUUUCUAUGACUGUUUAUUUAACAUUCUCCGUUUUCCUGACAAUUAUUGGUGAUAAUCUUCCCAGAACAUCUAAUCCGCUGUCUACCUUGUCAUUGUAUAUCGUGAUUUUAAUGGCCUUUAGUGGUGUAAUAACAAUAGUUUCUAUUUUUACUGUCAGACAACAUCUUAAGACUGUUGAUCUUAAAGUACCGUCUGUUGUAGCGUUCGUAGUUGGUACAAUGUGUUGCAUGGUAUGCAGAUGUAAGCGGGAAAAGAAAGCAACGAUUCACCCAGAUGGUAUUUCUAUUUCGUCAUAUGACUUUGAAGAUAAAAAACGAAAAUUUGAUGUCUACUACCUACCACAAGAACACAAGUUUGGGGUCUCAAAUGUAAAAUGGGAUAAAUGGAAGAAACGUGAAGAAAUUGAAGAACCACCACCGUAUACAAAGAAGUUAACAUGCUCAGAACGUUGCUGGUUUUGUAGGGUUCCCGAAGAAAUGACAUGGGUAACAGUUUCGCGGGCUUUUGAUUAUUUACUUUUUCUUGCCACGAUAGCUGUCCACUCAUACCUUGCAUACGUAUUUUUGAAUCCAAUGUUGAAGGAAGGGGGUUAUGUCUAA